ACGCAGCGCGCGCUUUAAGAACCGGAGCAUGAACCUGCACGCCGGCACUAUGAGCACGUGCCGCCGUGCCAGUUAACUAACAAACCCCUAAAUAACACGGACACACACACACACACACACACACGCCAUAUAGCCUACAAUGGACCCGCACCGCCGACCCCGGGUGUGUUCUUCUUACUUGGGCUCAGGAUUCGGAUUUAUUGAUUACGGUUCACUUUUUUCUUUCUGAGGACUCAGUAUUUAUUCUUUAUUAUUUAUUAUCAGCUGAUGGAUUUAAAGCUGAUCAGUUAAAGCACGCUGGAUUAUUUCUGAAAUAUUAUUUUUUGGGGAAAAUCAUUUUAAAGAAGAAGAAAAAGAAGAUGUAUGGAAUUAAUCAACGCUGUUUUUACCUAUCUUUUCACUUCUUUGUGGUUUGGUGCCAUGCCCAGGGGGAGAAUGAGCCUUCUCCUGAUUUUAAGCAGCACGUGAGGGAGCAGGGCGCGCAGACGGACGAGCUCAGCCGGCGGCAGGUGCGCGUGUACCAGCUCUACAGCCGCACCAGCGGGCGCCACGUGCAGAUCCAGGGCAAGCGCGUGAGCGCCACCGCGGAGGACGGCAACGCGUUCGCCAGGCUGUAUGUUGAGACCGACACGUUUGGCAGUCGGGUUCGGAUCAAAGGAGCCGAGAGCGGCCGGUAUCUCUGUAUGAACCGGCGAGGAAAACUGGUGGGAAAGGCCAGUGGCAGAGGCAGGGACUGCAUUUUCACGGAGAUCGUCCUGGAGAACAACUACACCGCCUUUCAGAACGCCAAGUACGAUGGCUGGUACGUGGCCUUUACAAGAAAAGGGAGACCCAUCAAAGCCUCCAAAACCAGGGAGAACCAGAGGGAAGUUCACUUCAUCAAGCGGCUCCACAAAGGCCCCCUUCCCUUCCCCAACUCGGACCGGCCUAAACACUUUGAGUUCAUCAGCUUCCCUCCGAUAAGGCGGGCCAAGCGCAACAGGAAAUCGAAAUCGGCCACCACACAGAGCUAAAGGACUUUUCUUUCUUUUAUAACACGACAGAAGAAGAAGCUAUAUUUUUUAUAUUUUCAUAGUUAAUGGACAUAAAAAAUGCCAAAAAAAAGAGAUGACUCUUUAUAAAGGGGUGUACAUAGGGUAAGAUAAUGAGAGAUGAUGUAUAUAUUUAAUGAGCUCAGAACGUUUGUGUGAGUUGUGUGAGCGCUUUGUGGAGGGAUGCAGGAGACACUGGAGACACUGGUAAUAAAUAAGAUUAUAAAAGAUAUGGAGUGGCAGAUUUUAUUCACAGUAUCCGUCUCAUUGAGGACAACAUGCUGUAGGGAUGAUGGCUGCGGAUGAUGGACGAUACCUUAAAAGCAAAACCGUAAUGGCUUUUUUGUAAUUUUAUUCCGAAAAAAAAAAAAAAUUUAGCAGCCAAAGAACACUUAAUAUAGUAUUACAUACUAAGAUGGUUCUAGAUAUUCUAGGCAGGUUCUAGAUAUUUAGGAGAAGUAGAACCUUGAGGGGUGCACGAGAGGGGCAAAGACUAAAAAAAUGUUUGAUACUUAUUUUUCUGAGAUUUGCACCAGGAAUGUUUUUGGAUAUUUAAAAAAGUUAUACGUGUC